UCGACGGUACAUUUCAGAUAAGAUCAGAGUUACUAGAACCUUUGACGGAUUAUGGUGAAACCUUAUGCAAAGAUGAAAUUUGAUCAGCAGCAAGUCCUACAGCAUAUACAACAGGUAGAAGAAAAAGCAGGAGAGAUCCUCACUGAUCGACAAGAAAUAAUUGCUUUGGAUAAAAGAAGAAAUGACGAUAGAGUUGGAAUGAGAGCAUUACAGAAGGAAAAUUGCAAGAAAACUUGGCUAACUGUUGGUCCACUGUUACUUAAAAUGCCAUCCAAAAGUGCAGAAGAACUACUUAUUAAAGAUCAAAGAGAAUGUGACAUUGAAAUUAAUAAACUAAGAAGUAAUUUAAAAGUUAAAGUGAACGAAUUACGAGACUUAGAGCUCAACUCAUCUGUUCCAGGGCUAAUGUUGCAACCCAUGUCUCACAAAGAAAUGUCAGCAAUAAAACAAGUUUUAGGUGAAAAUUCUUAAUUUAACUGAAUAAGAAUAUUAAAGAGAUGUAACGUAA